AUGGGCAACUCCAGCACAAGUAUCGAAAACAUCAAAGCCUUUUCCCCAAAGACAAGACCCCCCUCAAAGAAGAAAUACACCGAAAAAGCCUCCUUCGCUGUCAGGAAGCGAUGGAUGGAGCUCCUCUCGGCAUUACCUGAAGAAUACUUCCAGCGCAACCAUGAACUUCAGGUCAAAUCCAGCUUUUGGAACGCCCUCGAAACACUGAGACCAGAAGAGCAUGAUGCUGCUGACAAAUUUGAGCACAUCACUAUGAACGAGAAAGAGUGGAGUCGAUAUGCUGUGCGUGCCUGCGUCAUCUACAUUGAAUGCGGGCUAUUGGAUGAGCAGAUAUUGAGUAUCCUCAAUCAAACCAUUGCAUAUGUCGCCGUGUGCGCGUUGCGUGCGGGACAUAGACGUGUUUACUUCGACGACGGAAUCAACGUGUUCUUCGAUCCGUGCGACUCUGGUAUGGCGUAUUCUUCCAGACAGAAGUAUGAAAUACUCCUCGAAAGAUUGCGGGGGUUAAAAUCUGUCGAAAAUAAGCGUAGUGUCACUCUGGCUGUUUCUGGUGAUGGUCAUGAGCAGAAACCCGCCGCUGCUGCUGUUGCUCAGGCCACUCCAGCAUCAACGACUGUCACCCAGCCACUCAAGAUCCCCAGUUCGCAACCUUUUCUCAACGAAAAUCAAAUUCAACACCAGAAAAACAAGCCAAAAAAGAGAAGGAGCAAGAAGAAAAGCAAAGGACUCCAGGAGAGGGAUCAUUCUGAAACAAAGACACUCAAACGAAGGCUUUUCGACGACUAUACGAUGGGCGAGCAUAAAAAGCAAAAGUUUUCGAAGCACCGGUGA